CUUAAAUCGCAUUUCUACCUUUCUUGCCGUCCAAAACCCAUCCAGACUUUACGUAACAGUUCUUCCCACUCUAAUUCACCCUCCUUCAAUCGCUACCACUACCGAAUCGAUUCGAAUCCUUCCUUCCAUACAGGUUCUUCCUUCCACCAUCAUCAUUACUUUAUUCUUUUUCCUUCUAAUCCUCCAUUUUACAUCUAUCUCUUUCAAUUCAACCCUCUGAUUCCCAUUUCAAUUGCGUCAAUUUUAGAUAAAAGGAAAUAAAUAACCAUGUGCGAGCCAGAUUCUGAAGUAGCGAGAUGGGGACUCAAUCUUCUUGAUGUUGAACAGAUUUUCAGUUCAACAUAUUACGGUGACAAUAGCCAACAUGAUAAACACAUAUGUCCUGAACAAUAUAGUUCUCGAGAUACCCGUGUUGAUGCAGAGAAUGAUGAGAUUAUUGCGCAUACUCUUCAUGAAGAAUUCUCGCAAUUAACUGUUGAAGAAGAUGAUAUGGGUCCGCCUUCAAGUUCGUGUUCGAGUCCUGGAGAAAAAUCGUGUGAUGGAGAAGAGGAGGAGGAGUAUUAUAAUUUGGAGAUAACAGAUGAAUCUGCAUGGGAUGGAGAAGUGGAAAAGAGAUUGAAUCAAAUUGUACCUAUUCCUCAUGUUCCCAGAAUUAAUGGUGAUAUACCUUCCAUUGAUGAAGCUACCUCUGAUCAUCAAAGGCUAUUGAACAGAUUACAAUUGUAUGAUUUAGUUGAGUGCAAAGUUCAAGGAGAUGGUAAUUGUCAGUUUCGUGCCUUGUCAGAUCAAUUCUAUCGUAGCCCAGAACAUCACAAGUUUGUGAGACAACAAGUUGUAAAUCAGCUCAAGUCUGACAGGGAGGUUUAUGAAGGCUAUGUGCCUAUGGAAUAUAAUGAAUAUUUGAAGAAGAUGUCCAAGAGUGGCGAGUGGGGAGAUCACGUAACAUUGCAGGCAGCUGCUGACGCUUACGGUGUAAAAAUUAUCAUCUUCACAUCAUUCAAGGAUACUUGUUCCAUUGAAAUCCAGCCCAAGGAGCAGAAAUCUAAACGAGUCAUUUUCUUGAGCUUUUGGGCUGAAGUUCAUUACAACUCCAUUUAUCCCCAAGGAGAACAGCAACUGCCAUGUGAUAUUAAGAGGAAGAAAAGAUGGUGGCAAUUUGGAAGCAAGCAUUAUUAAGUAACAACAGUAAAUUGAUUGAUUUCUUGAGCUUUUUAUGCUCAAGAAAUUCAAAUAUUAUUAUCUUAUAUGUAAUAAUAAUAAUAAUAAUUCAAUUCUAUAUAUCAUAAUUAUAUGGUUGAUU